CGUCAGCAUUCCGCAACCGACUCUGAGCUGCUUCCAGAUUAACUGACACUGUGAUUCAAAAUAAAUCCUAGCCGUUAAUUUCAGCAAUCACAGUUUAAUCUCAGCCUUCAAUCUCAUUCCGACUUCUAUAAAUAUCACUCCACCUCCCUCCGUUGGAUUCUCGCCUUGGGUGAUAGGUUUCAAGAUGGUGGUCGGUGGUGGAGGAUCUGGUUAAUUCUGGUUUUUUCUUCUAUUUUCUGCUAGACAUCAGUGAGGUCGUGUUGGUUUGAUUGUUUAUAUUGACGAUAUGAUUUGUGUAUGUUUCGGUUCCUAUGUGCAGAAAAGAUUAUGAUGCGAAGAUAAUUGUUGAUGUGGAUAUUUCUUCUUUUCUCCAUACCUGGUUAUUGUUUGCAAGUUAUUUUUGCCGAAGAUCGAAAUGCCUAGGAUUAUUUAGGAUCACUUUCUGGUUUGGUUUAGAUUUGGUAGAUUGUUCACCAUGUAGGUAGAAUAUUUUCUGGUUGAUUUGUGGUGUUAGGUAUUGGAAUAAGCAGAAUCAAGGCUUCAGAUCGAAGAUAUUUAAAUUGGUUACGUUGGCCUUCUGUUUGAUUGGGGAAUUUGUGUUUUUAAUGAAUUGCGAUGCAGCUUCACACAGAUCUGAUGAUUGGUUCAUUGAUUGAUUUCAGCUCUAGUAGGAAAGAGAGGGUGAUUCCUGAUAUUAACGCUGUGUUGCGGAUAGCUUGAUAAUCGAUUUAAUAUGAUAUUUUUGGAUUAUUGCAAUUUAUUCCUCUUUUCACGUCUCCACGGAGACAUCCAUUCAAGUUCGGUGAUUUUAAAUGAGUUUCUCUCUCUUGGGUCAAGUGUUAUUUCGUCCCUCCUUCAACAAGUGUUCACAGUUUGAUCAUUUUUUUAAAUCUUUAAACUCUGUUUAAAAUGAUUGUAUGAUGGCUAGCAAAAACGGUUCUUUUGGUGGUUCCUUUCUGUAUCUUUUCAAGAUUGGUGGUUUGUGGUUUGAUUUUCAGGAUCAGGGAGCAUUUUAUGUAAUCCUUUUAAACCUGUCGGCAGGGUAGCGAGGGAGAUUUUCUUUUACCCUCUUUUUUGUGCCCUCGUUAAUUUAAUUGGGCAUGUAGAACUAGUUUCUGUGUUUUGAGCUAACUGUUCGAAGAGAUGUUGACUGUGUAUGAUAAUAACCUAAUGUGAUAAUAUUUAAAUUUUUAGUGCCUCCAAUGUAUCAUACUAUGGAGCAUAGUGUGAUCAAACAUGACGUUGUUUGGGAAGUAUUCUCCUUUUUUGGUCUGGAUUCUCUUAAAAAUGAGAAAUAUCUGAGCUUUGUAAGGCAUCCUGAUCUUCUGCUUCUUUAUCAGGAAGAUAGAUAUAACAAAUUUUACUUAAAAGACAAGAAUUUAUAGUACUUCCGAGUAUAAUAGUAGUAAAUGAGUUUUAGAUGUUUGUUUUCCAGGAUCUGUAUGUCAUGGACCAAUAGUGAUGCAUAAGUGGAUUUGAGUGGGAUUCCAGCGACUGGCAGCUUGUGCCUUGUGGAUAGGCACGAAUAGGAAGUCUUUGUUUGAGUUUUGGUGUAAGAUGUGUUUGAUACAAUGGUAUUCAGUCCUUCAUAGAAGAUGCUCUUUUUUGAUACAAUGGACUUGAGAUGAACUGUAUAUAGGGAGAAGUUGAUGUGAAAGGGAGUAUUCAUCGUCUUCUUUUCAUGUUGGUGGUUUUUAGGUGUAAGCUUUUUUUUUGUCUGUUUCUAUUGGUCCACAGGUGGUGUUGUGGUUAAUUCUGAUAACCAUAGUAAUUUUUCAGGAUUCUGUUAAUGUAGUGGACUAAUGGAUUUGGGGAGAGACAUAUAGAUAGAGAUGUUCUUUUUGCUGCACUCAUUUGGUGUUAGCUACAGCUUAGAUGUAAGCUUGAAUAUUCUAUCUACAACUCAAUAUUUGAUAAUAUCUGUACAGGCUUGAUCCGGAAGUCUUUUUGUACCUUGGUUUUUGGUUGAGUUUUUCUACUUGAGGUUCAAAUUUGUUCUUCUCAAGACCUGUCCAUCAACUUUGAUUAUUCCAAGCAUUGAUGAUUCCCUGGUGUGAUUUCCAGGUCCAUGGAGCAUUUUGGUGGUUGGAUGCUAUGUUCACGGUGAAACCUGGGUAGUCAGGAAGAUUUUUCUUUUAUCUCUCCUUAUUUUUCUGCCAGUUAAAUUUAUACCUCCAUACACUUUAGUCACACAAAACUAGUUUCUGAGUUUCUAUGUGUGUGUUUCCAGCUUUUGACGAAGAUAUGGAGCAGGGAGUUUUCUUGCCUCUUCUGAUGUUUGCUCUUCCCCAUUCUUGUGUGAAUAUUGUUAUAAUACUAGAUUUUCUUUAUCAGGUUUCCUUGGAUCCAGUGGAGCCUUCUCCCUCUCUCUCUCUUCCCUUUUUUUUGCUUGUUUGAGAAAAAUAUUUGGCUCCUUUCCCUUAAUUAUCUCUUCUUAAAUGUGUACAGACAUACACACAUUGCAUAUCCAAUCCUUUAUUUAAUCUCUGCUCCUUCUCAUCUUGGUUAUGAAAUUGAGCAGGCUUUUCUAAUGAUUCCACGUUUGGAUUUGUUUGUCGUUCCUUGUGUUUAGUAAGCUUGCUAUGCUGAUAAUAUAUUUUGUUCAAUCCACUUUGAGUUCUACAGUAUCAUUUAAAGCAAUGAUGUUUUGUCAUUGACCUUUCAAACUUCUUUUGUGUUAGGGGUAGGAGCAAUUUAGCACUGUUCCAUCUUGGUUAUGAUCUUUCCUCAUGUUUUUGCUGAUUAUCUAUUUUAGGAUGUUUGUUUGGUUAUUGGUUCAAAGAUCAUCAUCUGAAGCUACAUUUGGGUUUUUUUUUUUUUUGGGGGGGGGGGGAUCAAAGAAUUUAUAGAACUUAUGAUAACAGAGUAUUGGAUGCUUUUUUUUUUUUUAUUAAGUUGGUUUUUGCUUUUUCCUUCUAGUAAAGUGUUAUUUGUACUUCCAUCAACAAGUAAUCUGUGUUUUUUUACGUCAUGUUAAAUCCUUUUUCGAGGCGUGGAUUAGGAUCAUUCUUGGAUAUCAUCAUCAUUACUCUUUGCUUAAGUUCCUUUGUCCUCAGUAUUGGUGGUUUGUGGUGUGAUUUCCAGGAUUUCCAGGAUAGUGGAGCAUUUAUGUAGUUCAAUCCCAUGUGAAUUGUGAAGGCUGAAACUUGUCAACAGGGUGUGGUCAGGGAGAUUUUUUUUAACCCUAUUUUGUGCUUCUCUUAAUAUAAAUUUAUAUAUUCAUAGUUACUAGGCCAUAUAGAACAAUUUUCUGAUUAUGUAUGUUUGCAUUUGCUGUCAACUUAUUGUUUUGAGGACGAUGUUUACUAGGAAUGAUAAGGGAGUUUUCUUGCCUUCUAGAAUAUUGAUUCUAUUCGGUUUAUGCCGGUAAAAUCAUGGAGUGGGUACUCUCUAACUUUUAGAGUUUUUUUGGUCUCCUGAUCCAGGUUCAUAUACCCCAGUUUUUUUUGCCUAAUCAAAUAUAAGGAGCCUAGUGUGAUAAAAUUAUGGUAUUGAUUUGGAAGUAUUCUCUCUUUUGCCUGGAUUCUCUUAAAAUUCAGAGAUAUUUGAGCCCCAUUCCCUUGAGUUUCUGCAUCCUUAUCUUCUGCUAGGCUUCGAACUUGCAUUUGCUUUUCCAAUGAUGCCAUAAUUGUUUUAGGGACUUGGAGGAGUGCAACAGGCUUGAUUAGGAUGUUAGUUCCUCAGUCAGAGUUCAUAAAUUUUAAUAUAAGAAUGUGAUGUCCUUGUGUAAGAACAGUAAUAAAUAAGUUCCAGUCUCUUUCUUUUUUCAGGAUCUGCAUGAGUGCAUUGACAAAUUCAUUGUUUAUGCUUGGUGAAACCUGUCGGCAGGGUGGUCAGAGAGAUUUUUGUAUUUUGCACUUCUGUUGAUUAGAUUACUAUAUUCAUAGUCAUAGGCUUGUAUAAUUAUUUUCUGAUUAUGUAUGUAUGCAUGUGUUUUUAACUUAUUGUUUGCGGCAGAUGUUUACUGGGAAUGAUAAGGAAGUUCUCUUGCCUCUGGGAAGUGUCCUCUCUUGUGCCUUGGUUCUCUAAAAUGUGAGAGAUAUCUGAGCUGCAUGCACUUUGGAUCGGUAGUGAUGCAGGAAGAGAGCAAUGUAAUUAAAGUGUUGGCCAUGAUUUCUUGUUAUGUUGGUAUGGUGCAUGAAGCUUAAGGUGAUUAAGUAGGAUGUUGCCUUUUGUCUUGUCUCUGGGGUCCUAUGGCUGGGUGUUAACCUGAGUGUGCCUCCAGUGAAGUCUUUGUGGCAUCUUAUGGAUGGUCAUGAACGGGAAGUUAUUGCUUUGGUUUUGGUUGAAGGUGUGUUGGAUACAAUGAUAUUCUGCCCAUAAGUGUCUACCCAAAGAUGCACUGUGAAAUUUCCAGUCUCCCCUAAAAUAAGCUUCUGGAUGGGGAAGUUCACGAUUAUGGAGGGAGUAAUUGUUGUCCUCUGCUCAUAUUGUUGAGGUUCUGCGAGUAGUAUCAGAGUGUUGUGUUUCUGCUUUUAAUAAUCUUGAAUUCUUUUUGCAGUUUCUGUUCUCAUUCAUGGCGUGGUGCAGAGCAGUGUUCAAAUGUCUUGUUGGAUUUUCAUUUUUAUUUGUUCUUUUAUUGGUUCAUAGACGUUUGGUACUUGGUAGUCCUUGAUAUAAUGGAGACAUAUUUUGGAAGAAAGAGUUUUUGCGUUGGUUUGUUGUUGGCUUCUUGAUACCGGCAUUGACAAGAGCUUGCACCUUCUUUCAAUGGUGGAAUAUCAGAGAAUAUGCGCUCAGGCUUUACCAGGAAGUCUUUUGUGCCUUGGUUUUUGGAUGGAAGUAUUUCUAAUUGACUUUCAGAUUUCUAGUACUUAAGCAUAGCAAUUUGGAUGCAUGAUUGAUUUGUGGUGUGAUUUCCAGGAUUGUGGAGCGUUUUUUUCUUGUUCAAUCCUGUGCACAUGGUGAAACCUAUUUGUUGUAAUUCUGAUGUCUUCCCUUACCAGGUUUUCUUGAUUCCAGUGUGUAGUCAUGGAGCAUAUCGAGAUCAAUUGAAGAUUCUAAUCAAGAAGUACCCUCAUUCUUUUUUCUCUAACCUUUUUAAGGAACUUUUAAAGUCUAAGCUGCAUGUGUAUAUAAAAUUCUCCCAUUGAUGUUUCAACUACUUAUAUACCCUACCAAAGAACAUGAUUGCUAUACUUUUAUCUUUUGCAUGUCCCUAGAAGUUAUAUGCACGAGUGCAUUGAAAAGUUCAUGGGCUUUGCAUUGACCAAUAGUGAUCCAGGGUGUUGUGUUUGAUAAGAUAAAUGUGUUGGCUGUGAUUUCUUAUUAUGUGAUCAAGUAGGAGACUGCCUUUUGUUUCUAUUGUCUCUGGGUCCUGUGGCUGGCUUCUGCUCUUAGUACCAGUGUUGUUCUGCUAUCCAGCCUUCCAGUGGUUCUUCUUGCAGCAGCUUGUGAACAGGAAAGUCUUUGCCAAGUUUUUGGUUUAACAUAUGCUCUGAUACAAUGAAAUUGUGUCCAUCAUAUUCCAUUAUGUGGUCUCACUCAAAGAUGCACUUUCUUAUGUCUCCAGGUUCUCUUGAGAUGGACUGUAUUAGAGGGAGAAGUUGAUGUUUGUGAAGGGAGUAUUUAUUGUCCUCAGCUCAUGUUAUGUUGGGGGAUUUCGGGUGUAGUUUUCUUGUUUGUUCUGGGUUCCAUCAAUGUAGUGGACAUAACAGGUUGUGUUGAGAUUUGCAUUCAUUUGGUGUCGGCUCUUUGGUUAGAGAUGUGAGCUUGCAUCUUCUACUACUCAUUAUUUGCAAAUAUGUGCACAGGCUUGAUCAGGAAGUCAUCUGCACCCACCUUGUUCUUUGGUUGAAUUUUGUUCUUCUAAAAUACUGAAGUAUUUGGGGUCCAUCAACGAUGAUUUUGUGGUGUGGUUUCCAGGGUCAUGGAACAUUUUUGUGGUUGAAAUCCUAUGUGCAUGGUGAGAGCUGUUGGCUGGUUAGGUUAGUUCGUGGAGACUUUUUCAUUUCUUUUUUUCUGGCAACCAAAUUUAUAUUUCUGUACUCAUUAGGCACAUUGAAUUUCUUGGUCUGUAUUUUUGUGUGUCCCCAGCUUUUUAUUUGAAGAGGAUGUUUAAGUAAGAAUGAUCAGGGAGUUUCUCUUGGCUCUUCCUAGUGAAUGUUGUUAUAAUUUUGAGAUCUUUCCUUGACAGGUUUCCUUGAUUCCAGUGUUAAAUUGUGGAGCAUAAUGGUAUCAAUUGGUGAAGGUCAAGAACUACUAUGUUUUUUUUUGGCUGUUUGAGAAAUAUAAUUGUGAUGCUGAAUGGGAACAGUUGAUGGUGCUCAUCUUGGAAGUGUUCUCUCUCUUUUUUUUUUCCUUCUUUUCGUGGCUGUUUGAGAAAUAUUUUGCACCGUUUUUUUUUGGGGUCUCCCUUAGUUUGCUGUUUGAGAAAUAUGUCGUCUUUAAUUUGAUCUAUCCCCUCAUCGUCUUGGCUAUGAGCUUGCACUUGCUUUUUUCCUGCGACUCCAUGUUGUGUUGUUUGAUUUAUGGUUCCCCUUAGUAAUGCUGUAUGGGCAUGUAAAUUGUAUUUUGCUCAAUAUGCUUUGCAUUAUGUGCAUGAGAUACCAUUUAAAGCAAUAAAAUCUCUUCUCAUUGAUCUUUCACAUUGAUCUUUCAAUUUCAUUUUUAGAUGUUUCAACUUCUCUUUCCUAAUUCUUAAAAAGGCUUGGCUAAUAUAGGCGUUUUAGCAUGUUAAAAUUUCAGAUUUAUUGAAGGUUUACCAACUGUGAUGUUUUGAGGAUUGAUGAUUUGUGGUGUGAUUUUCAGGAUUGUGGAGCAUUUUUUUUGUAUCCCAUGUGCAUGGUGAAACCUGUUGGCAGGGUGCUCAGGGAGAAUUUUUUUUUUUUACUAUCUCUAGUUUUGUCUGGCAAUUAAAUUUAUGCAUCUCUAUUUAUUUAGGCACAUAGAUUAGUUUCUGAGCUUGCAUUUUUGUAUGUAUUUCCAGCUUGUUAUUUGAGGAGAACGUUAAUCAGGGAGAACUCUUGCCCUUUCUAAUAUCAGCUCUUACCUUUAUAUAAAUGGAAUUCUUGAGUGAGUAGGGUUGUAAUUUUGGGAUCUUUCCUUAUCAGGUUCUUUCUUUUUUUGGUGUCACUUUUGUGUUUUUGGUCUUUUGAACUUAUUUCCAAAUCUUUGAAAAGAUCUUUUUUUUUCUCCCUUCCUUUCUUGGACUUUCAUUUUUGGAAAAUUUGCUAAUAUUUUAGUACAUUAAUGUAUUGCACUUGGGUAUGACGAAUUUGAUAGGAAAGUAGGAGUAAGUACUCCAUCUUCUUUAUGAUCUGCUUUUCCAGCUUUUUCAGGACAGCACGAAGUGUAAAUUGUGAUAUCAGAAACCCAGUUUAAGGAGCUCAGUUGCAUGGGGUUCUCUUGCUGCAAAUAUAAGGUUAUUUACGUUUAAGCAUUAAUUCCUGGUUUUCUUGCUGGCUUUAGUGUGAGCUUGAGUUUCUUCAAGGAGUUGUUUUGACAGCAUGUGGAUUGGGAUGAACAGGAAGUUCUUGCAAGUGUCUUCAGUUUGAGGUGUUCAAAAUUUUUUCUUGACAACAGGAAUGUGGGUUGGAUACCCCUUAGGCUCUAAGUGUCCUGCGAUAUUCUUCUGCCUUCUCCAAACAGCACAGCAGCCAGACAGACACAACCUUCUCCAAACCGCAGCCAUCGUUCGAGUCUCCAACACCAAUGCCUCCACAGGGUUCCCCACACAAUUUGAUCUCGUUAUUGUUUGGCUUGUUAUUUGUGAUGGAGCAUCUUUAGACGGUCUACAUACUGUGUCAACCAACUUCAGCUGUUAACAUGGGUUUGCAAGUCUCAUCCUUUUCUCUCUUUGGUCCGUUCCCACUGUUAUGCAGUUCCCGCAUGUUCUGAAAUAACAAGCGUUUCCUAUAUUUCUGGUGGUUUGCUGACUGGGUGGCAUAUGGGUUGGAAUAUAAGUGCAAGUCUUGUCCUCUUCUUUGGUCCAUGUCCAGGUUUAGCUGCUGCAAUUGGAAACUAGAGAUGUGAAGAGAAUCCUGAUUUAACUUUUUGGUUCAUGCUCCUACUCUCAAUCUGUAUUGUAUUGCGAUUUUAAGUCUGCAUGAACCGGUUUCCUUCUCUGAGCUUGCUUCCCUCUCUCUGCAUGCGUCUGCAUUGAUGAUAAGCAAUUGAGGGUGUCUGUCCCCUUCUCACAUUCACAUUUCUUUUACUGUAAUGGAAUAGAAGCUGAAAGUUGUAAUUGCUUCUCAGCUAUGAUCUUGUUCCUUCAGUGAUGUUCAGUGAGGGAUAAGGCACAAUUAGGCUUCAAGAAGGUGGGUGUAUUUUCUGGUUUUGCACUAGUGUAUUGGUGUUUUCUCACGUGUAGUUAGCUGGUUUCAAGAUGUUGGGAAGGAGAACAGAUGUCUUUUGAUGUGUUGUUCUGUUGCUGCAUCUGUAUUUUCUGGUUGUGGACUAGUGGUGUUGGUCUUUUCUGUGCCACGAGUGCUGAUGAUUUUGCGUAUUUGUUUUUUUUCCCGAGUUCUUUUUCUUCCUUUAGUGGUCUUCAUUUGUAUGGUUUUUAAUGCAUGCAACUCCGCCUGUGUUAUCUAGUGCACAGCCGGUCUCAAGCCCGGAUAAAGGAGGAGAGGCUGCAAAUUGUUUGAACUGAUGCUUGGUAGGUGAUAGUCAUUGCCUGACGCUUUGAUUUGGGAGCUUUCAGCUAACUCAUCUGUUACUUCUGAUGAUGAUGCAUUGCCUUUAUUUAAAUUCACAGACUUCUUUAGAAUCAAAGAUUUUAUAAGAAUUCACCUAUUAAAUUCGUCUUUGGAAUGAAAGGAUGUCUUUUUAACCUGAAAAAUCUGAGCACAGUGUACUUUGCAAAGCCAUUGCCCUCAGCAACCUGAAUGCCUAUUUUAACUCCCCAGACCGUUAAUAGCUCCCUUGCUGCAUUCUUUAUAGCGACUGCAAUGAACUGUUGCCCUCUGCAAACAACGUAAAGAUGCAUAUCAAGGGACCCAGCUAGGGUUGAUGCUAGGGUGUAUCUUGUGUAGUUACUCGAAGCACAUGUGCAAGAGACAGCACGAAGCACAUGCACAUGCACAAGAAACCUAAUAAGCUUCGAUGUGAAUACUGCAGGCGUUCUUGAUCAAUAAUCUCUUCUUAACUCGUUUAAUUUUUAAAUCAAUUUUACCUUAAAUUUAAUAAUAUAUAUUUAAAUCCAGUUUAUUAGAGUGCAAUCAGCCCAAAUACUCAAAUAUUUCAUGGGUUGCCAGGGAUGUGUUAUAGAAUCAAACAGCUGUGAGAUAGUGGCAAAAAUACAUAAUCUUGUUAGUUGAUUACCAGAUUAAUAGAGUUAGUAUUAUAUCAACAACAACUACAUUUAUUUAGAUUUGAGGUUUAGGAAUCCACCCCGGAUGUGGAUUAGGUAGCCAAAACCUUUAUUCAUGGCAACAGAUGUAUUAAACUGAUCCUUUUAACAAAUGAGAAGCACAGCCCAAUAUCAAAACCAAAAGCAUACUACUUGAAACAUAUUUCAUCUCUGCAUGAUGCUUUGUCGGAUUAUAUUCAUCACUGCAGUUUCAGUAUCCAUCCUGCUGGUGAUUCUCUUAUCGGUAUUUUCUCCAUUACCUCGCAAGGCUUCAUCAAAGGAUCUCUCCAGGCCCUGGGUGGCACUCUCACUCUACAUUCAGCAACCUCACAUCUCAAGCACUAACGUGCAGCAGCCAGCUGCAUGGCCAGAUUCUGGAGCGUUUAUCUUCCAUCGCACUCUCACAGAAGGACCUGAGAACACUUCCAGGGUUGUUGGGAAGGCCCAGGGUUUCAUUAUUCCGAUUGAAAAUUUUGCACGUUCUGGUUUCAAUAUUAUUCAUCUCUCAUUCGAUACACCUGAGUACUCCGGCAGCCUGAAUGUUCAGGCCAGGCAUGUUGCACAAAGAGAUAGAGAAGAACUUACGGUGGUUGGUGGGACUGGUUCCUUCGCGUUUGCUCGUGGGCUUGCUGUUUUUGCUCGGAGGGAUGAUCUUCCGGCAACUUACUAUGUAAAGCUUCAGCUCAGAUUUCCAAAUCGAUCUCAAAUAAUUCCAGGAUGAGGUUGAGUUGUUUGUCCAUGCUUGUGAAGGUUUUCUUCUUGAGAUUGCAAAGUCCAGUUCUGAAAAGAUUUAUCGAGUCAAAUUUAGAUGAAAACGAAGGAUUAUAUAUAUGCAAGUUUAAUUAAUUGACCUUUUAAUCUUUACAAGAAAUUAAAGCCAUGUAUUUUAACAUCAAAUAUUUUUUAUGAUGUGUGCCUUGAUUUUCUCUAUUUGUGAAUAUACGUGGUGAAAUGAUCCGAAAAUAUCCGGAAACUGGACCGUUAUCCGCACUAGUU